UUUUCGAUGUUUGGUUUUAUGCGACGUGUCAGUGAGUAGAAAAGAUAUGUUGACAAAAUUUGAAACAAAAUCUGCUCGAGUUAAGGGGUUGAGUUUUCACCCCAAACGGCCAUGGAUUUUGGCCAGUCUUCAUAAUGGCAUAAUCCAACUUUGGGAUUAUCGCAUGUGUACCUUGUUAGACAAAUUUGAUGAGCAUGAUGGGCCGGUCAGAGGAAUAUGUUUCCACAGUCAACAACCGCUUUUCGUUUCUGGUGGUGAUGACUACAAAAUAAAAGUAUGGAACUACAAACUGCGUCGCUGUAUUUUUACCCUGAUGGGUCACUUGGACUAUAUCCGAACGACAUUUUUCCACCAUGAAUACCCCUGGAUCUUGAGUGCAUCAGAUGAUCAGACUAUUCGUGUUUGGAAUUGGCAAUCACGCACUUGUAUUUGUGUCCUCACUGGCCACAAUCAUUAUGUUAUGUGUGCUCAUUUUCAUCCCAGUGAGGAUCUUGUUGUUUCAGCUUCACUAGAUCAAACUGUUCGAGUGUGGGAUAUAUCUGGGCUCAGGAAGAAGAAUGUUGCUCCAGGUCCUGGAGGAUUGGAAGAGCAUUUAAAAAAUCCUACUCACACUGACCUAUUUGGAACUUCAGAUGCCGUUGUGAAACAUGUUUUGGAAGGUCAUGAUCGUGGUGUGAACUGGGCAGCCUUUCAUGCUACUAUGCCUUUAAUUGUGUCUGGCGCUGAUGAUCGCCAGGUGAAGCUAUGGAGAAUGAAUGAUUCUAAAGCAUGGGAAGUGGACACAUGCAGAGGUCACUAUAAUAAUGUAUCCUGUGUUCUUUUCCAUCCUAGGCAAGAACUGAUCCUGAGUAAUUCAGAAGACAAGAGCAUCCGUGUGUGGGACAUGGUAAAACGAUCUACUUUGUACACCUUUCGUCGUGAACAUGAUCGAUUUUGGAUCAUGACAUCCCAUCCAAGCCUGAAUUUGUUUGCAGCUGGACAUGACUGUGGAAUGCUUAUAUUCAAACUGGAGAGAGAAAGACCUUCUUUUGCUGUUCAUGGCAAUUACCUCUACUACAUCAAAGAUCGUUACUUGAGAAGGUUGGAUUUCAAUUUGUCGAAAGACGUCAGUUUGUUGCAGCUGAGAGGAGGAAAUCGCAGCCCAGUUUUCAGUUUAUCAUAUAACCAUGUUGAGAAUUCAGUGUUGGUGUGCACACGGACCAAUAAUGUAGAUAACAGCACUUAUGACCUGUAUAUGAUUCCCAAAGAGUUUGAUGCUCAAGCAAAUGAAGCUUCAGACUGUAAACGAUCAUCAGGCUUGACAGCAGUCUGGAUUGCCAGGAAUAGAUUUGCUGUCCUGGACCGUACCCAUGCACUUGUAAUCAAAAACAUGAAAAACGAAGUAACUAAGAAAGUGCAAGCUCCCAACUGUGAUGAGAUCUUUUAUGCGGGCACUGGAAUGUUGCUCUUAAGAGACUCUGAAGGCUUAAUUUUAUUUGAUGUUCAGCAAAGCAGGUUGCUAGCAAGUGUUAAAACUGCUCGUGUAAAGUAUGUGAUUUGGAGUGGAGAUAUGAACCAUGUUGCUUUCUUCAGCAAGCAUAAUAUCACCAUCUGCAAUAGGCGUUUGGAUGUCCUUUGCACCAUACAAGAGAACAGCAGAGUAAAGAGUGGUUCUUGGGACGAUAACCAAGUGUUUGUCUACACCACUUCAAACCAUAUCAAAUAUGCUCUGAUCAAUGGGGAUCAUGGCAUUAUUCGAACAUUGGAUGUACCAAUUUACAUCACACGUGUUAAGGAUUCAAAUGUUUAUUGCUUAGAUAGAGAAUGUCGUCCAAGAGUAUUAACUAUUGAUCCAACUGAGUACAGAUUCAAAUUGGCAUUAAUCAAUAGAAAAUAUGAGGAAGUGCUUCACAUGGUGCGAAAUGCAAAGCUAGUUGGCCAGUCCAUCAUUGCUUAUCUGCAGAAGAAGGGGUAUCCUGAAGUGGCCCUCCAUUUCGUCAAAGAUGAAAAAACACGAUUUGGACUUGCUCUUGAAUGUGGCAAUAUUGAAGUAGCUCUAGAUGCUGCACGAAUAUUAGAUGAUAAAACCUGUUGGGAUAAAUUGGGAGAAGCUGCUCUUUUGCAUGGAAAUCAUCAAGUUGUUGAAAUGGCUUAUCAGCGUACUAAAAACUUUGACAAACUGUCCUUCUUGUACCUGAUUACUGGUAACUUGGAGAAAUUGAGAAAAAUGAUGAAGAUUGCUGAAAUACGUAAAGAUACUAGUGGGCAGUUUCAAAAUGCUUUGUAUCUUGGUGACGUAGCUGAGCGUGUGAAAAUUUUGAAGUCUUGCAAUCAAACAUCUGUUGCAUAUUACUGUGCUGUCACUCAUGGUUUAGAAGAAGAAGCAGAAAGUUUAAAAGCUUCACUGGAGAGUUCUCAAGUAAACCUUCCACAGCCAGAUCCUAGUGCUGUUUUGUUGCACCCUCCAUGUCCAAUUAACAAAUCUGAAGAGAAUUGGCCACUACUCAGUGUUUCUAAAGGAUUUUUUGAUGGUGCAGCAAUGGGACAAAGAAAAACUGCAUUGGCUGCAGAGAUUGCUGAUGAUAACUUAGCUGAAGGUUGGGGUGAUGAUGCUGAAUUGGCUCUGGAUGAUGAAGUUAAUGUUGAUUCAAUAGUAGAAAGUGAUAGCAAAGAAGGAGGAUGGGACAUUGAAGAUGAAGACCUUGAGUUGCCUCCAGAACUCGAAGCUUCAGCAGCUGCUGGUGGAGCAGCUGGAGGGGAUGGAUAUUUUGUUGCUCCUACUCUUGGCCAGCCGCCCACUCAAGCAUGGGUGAACAAUUCCAGAUUGGUGGUUGAUCAUGUGCUGGCAGGUUCCUUCGAAACUGCUUUCCGCUUACUGCAUGACCAAAUUGGAGCAGUGGAAUUCGAACCAUUCAAACAGCUUUUUAUGAUUACUUUUGCAAGGAGUCGAUCAUCUUUCCAAGGUGUUCCUGUGCUACCUCCUCUCUCUGGGUACAUGCUUCGUAGCUUUGCAAAGAAUUCAUUGCCUGAAGUUGGACUUCAUUUGACAGCUCUUAUAGAACGGUUACAAUCUUGCUACCAGCUUACAACCUCUGGAAAAUUCCAAGAAGCCAUAGAAAGAUUUCGACAGCUUUUGCUUAGCAUACCUUUCAUCCUUGUUAAAACCAAACAGGAAAUUGCUGAAGCACAACAACUACUAAGUUUAUGUCGUGAAUAUGUCAAUGGCCUUUCUUUAGAGCUAGAACGCAAAAAUUUGCCAAAAGAGACUCUCGAACAACAAAAACGUUCCUGUGAAAUGGCUGCUUAUUUCACACAUUGUCAACUAGAAUCUGUUCACAGAAUCCUUACGUUGCGUACUGCAACUAACCUUUUCUUCAAAUUGAAGAACUUCAAGACAGCGGCAUCGUUGGCACGAAGGCUCCUGGAAUUAGGACCGCGUUCAGAAGUUGCUCAACAGACCAGAAAAAUUCUCCAAGCCAGUGAGAAGAACCCAGUUGACACACAUGCUCUCGAUUACGAUGAGCACAACCCAUUCACCAUUUGCGGGUACUCGUAUAAGCCCAUUUACCGAGGAAAGCCGACAGUCGAAUGUCCCUUCUGUCAAACUUCUUAUUUCCCGGAGCAUGCAGGAAAAGUCUGUCGAGUGUGCACCGUCUCCGAAAUCGGCAAAGAUUCACUAGGGCUGAAGAUAAGUCCUUUACAGUUCAAAUAAAGCCAUGGAUGGCCAGUAUAAAAUAAAAUAUGUUAAGUCAAAGUGGUAUUUUUCACAGAAGCAUCAUUGAGUGAAGGACUUAGUUAUUUGGAUGAAGAACUUUCUAUUACAGAUUUCAUUCUAUCUGAUACAUUGUGAUUCAGAUUUCUAUGUUUUUGUGUUUGUGUAUUUUAAUCAUCUUAUAUUUGUUAAGUAUUUAAAAUAAAGUUAUAAGAAGGUUGAA